AUGGCUUCCAUGGCAGCAGCUGCUCGUGACAUUCCCCAGGCCUCCUUGAACCGAGACAACUUGACUGUUGUAGCGGAUCGGAGCGACCCGGCGACUGUGGCACGAUCUCAUAACCUCCCGACUCCUCCCAACUCCAUCUCCCCUGCGCUUCCCGCACACGGCCUCAAGGCCCAGCUUCAAAAGGCGGCCAAGCUCGAGCCCAUCGACUCCGACUUGGACCUCCACGAAGACGCCAACGGACCCAAGCGCUCCGUCUCCCCGCAUCACGAUGCCUCCGGUACCAUAACCAGCGCCAUGCUGGGCACGUAUCAUCUCCCCGAGAUCCUGCUCAACCACGGGCCUCUGGCGAUACGACAUAUUAUGGGCUACCUGACCACAUCGGUUCCCGGCUUCUCCGGCAUCCCCCCGACCAAGGCCCGCAGGCUGGUCGUCGGUGCCCUCGAGGGCCGUGGAGACGGCGCGCACGGUGAGAACGAAGUGGAUUUUGAAAAGGUCGGCUGGGGACGGUGGAACGCCAAGCGACGAGGACUUCCAGGCCGUGACCGCGAGGCCACCCCGCCCGAGUCCCUGGCCAACGGCGGCAUCCCCAUCUCCAGGAAUGCCCUGAGAGCCCAGGAGAGGGCCAGGGCAAACAUUUUGGUUUCCAGUGGCGAGUCCUUCCACUUCUCCCACGACGACCACCGCCCCAUCCCCAUGAUGGAGGACGAGGCUGACAAGAUGUCGAUGGACGGCUACGAGUCCGCCUCGUGCUCGGAAGCCCCCGACGACGAUGUCACCAUGAACGACGACCCCGAGGACGUCACCGACGACGAGGACUGGGCCGCUAUGGGUGCCGCCGCUUUGCGCGCCGAAUCCUACCCCAACAUGGCUGCGGCCCUGUCCAGCCCGGACGUGCCCGUCUCGCACACGUACAAUGCCACUGGCAUGCGCGCCUUUUCCGGCAGGUCCGGCAUGGCUCGUCUCCCUCAAUCUAGCUUCGACAUGACUGCGCUCGCUGGUGCCUCUGGCGCUCAGGAGCGCGACGCUGUCGAGGCUCUCCUACGACUUGGUUCUGUAUAA